AAUAUUCGCGUUUUUAUGGAAACAAUCAAACAAAAACAGAACUCUCUUUAUUUUUCUUUUUUCCUUCUCUGAAAACGAAAUCCACAGAGACAAAAUCAGAAAGAAGAUUAAAGAAAUGAGAGAACGAAGAAAUUUUAACCUAUAACACACUCUUUUACUGAUUCAAGUUUGUUUAGUUUCAGAUUCCCGCACUGAAAUGGUGAAUUAGGUUUAGAUUUUGAUUUGAUUUCAUUUGGUUCGGAAUUUGAUUUGAUCGAUCAAAGAAAAUGAUGAAUUUGUGAACAAGGAUAGUGGAGAGAUGGGUACAGGGAAGCAACAGACAGUUCGAGACCUUAUCGAUGAAGCAAAGAAACGGAUUGUUUUGGUGGCUGUAUGUGUUGUUGGAUUGUCUUAUCUCAUGUCUCUUACCAGCUCCACAGUUUGGGUUAAUUUACCUGCUGCUGCCUCUUUAAUUUUUCUUCUCCGCUACCUAUCGGUGGACAUUGACAUGAAAAGAAGAGCAGCGGCAUACAAGAGCAAACCACCUGUGGUCGGUCGUGAUUUAAAGGAACCUUUUGUAGCCGCAAAAGCUGUUUCCCAUGAAAAGAACAAUUGGCGGAGGAAGGUGAAUUCUCCCGGAGUUGAGUCUGCAAUCGAUCAGUUUAGCAAACACUUAAUCUCUGAGUGGGUGACUGAUCUCUGGUAUUCCCGUUUAACACCUGAUAAGGAUGGUCCAGAGGAGCUGGUGCAAAUUAUAAAUGGCGUUUUUGGAGAGAUUUCAUGCCGUGCAAGGGAAAUUAAUCUUAUCGACCUUCUAACUAGGGAUAUUAUCAAUCUUAUCAUUACCCACUUGGAAGUUUUUCGUACAAGUCAAGCCAAGAUUGAGAAACAGAAGCAUGGAAAAUUAACUAUUGACCAUCUUGAUAUGGAGUUAAAGUUAGUUCUGGCUGCCGAGAACAAGUUACAUCCUGCUUUAUUUUCUGCCGAAGCUGAGCACAAGGUUUUACAACAUUUGAUGGAAGGGCUCAUCAGUUACACCUUCAGACAUGAAGAUCUGCAGUGUUCUUUCUUCCGUUAUAUUGUCAGAGAGCUGCUUUCUUGUGCAGUGAUGCGACCUGUCAUGAACAUGGUUAAUCCGAGGUUUAUUAAUGAACGAAUCGAAUCUUUGGUUCUUUCUUCCAAAAAUAAGGCUAACAAAGGAGCUACUCCUACAACGCAGGAGGCAUCACAUGACAAGCCAAAUGAGGCGUCAAGGACUUCUUCCAGUCAGUUUGUAGGGUUACAAGAUCGUUCAAUCAGUGGAGUUGAACUCGUGCAGUUUAAGCAUGAGAACUCCAGAGUUAACACCAGUGAACCUGUGAAGAAAAAUGCGAAUGGAUCAACUAAUCAGAAGGACCCCUUACUUUCUGUUGAUCCUAGAUCGUCCCGUUCAUGGAGUUCGUUGCCAUCAGAUUCUCCAACUGAUCACAGCGGAGAUAUCCAACGACAACAAUCCGACGGAGAAUGGGGUCAGUUGCUAGAUAAGAUUUCUCACAGAAAGACUCAAGCUCUUGCUCCAGAACAUUUUGAAAAUAUGUGGACUAGAGGGAGGAAUUAUAAUGUGAAAGGAAGUGAUAACCAAUCAAAUAAACAAGGUCCGCAGAAUUUGUCGUCCGCGAGUCAUGCUAUGGAUCACUCCAAGGUGUUACCCAAGAGCAGUAUUAGAGAAGGAAAUAUUAAGAUUGGUCAUGCGGAAAAGACCACUUCUCUCCCUCCGUCCGAUAGAAAUUUCUUGGUUGAAAAGCAUCUUGUCCGUGCUGGUGGAAGCAACUUAACUCACCCUCCAGUUACAGCAAAUCAUGAUGAGCUCGAGCAAAGUACGAUGUGCUUGGAGGAGUCUGAAUUGGAGAGUGAUAGCACUAGUCCAACAGAAGAUGAUGAAAACAGCAAUGUGACAGGCCUUGAUUCUCCUGGGAUUAAAGUGUGGGAUAGCAAAAAUAAGAGAAAUGGUGGUGUUCCAUUUAUUCACCAUCCCCUUGAAAGUUUCGAAGGGAACAAAGUGAAGAAGAGUGGUAAAGGGAAUGCACAGUUCAAGAAAGUAAAUAGAAGCCAUUCGACUAGGAAGAGAUCUAGGCUGAGCAACCAGAAGGUUCAGACAUGGCAGGAGAUUGAAAGAACAUCUUUCUUAUUGGGAGAUGGAAAGGAUAUCUUAAAUGCAUCGAAAGAUGUUAGAGUGGAGGAAUCAAGUGAUGAUUCUGAAUUGGAAAGCUGGGGUAGAGCUUAUAGUGGGGCAUCUGCUUCUUCAUCUCUGGCGUCUUUUUCUGGAUCUCGUUAUUUAUCCCAGAGUUCUCCUGGAACCCCUGCCCUGGCUGAUCCAUUCUUAAGGUUAAGAUGUGAGGUAUUAGGUGCUAAUAUUGUGAAGAGCGAUUCUAGAACAUUUGCUGUGUAUUCAAUAUCUGUUAUAGAUGCAGACAACAAAAGCUGGUCAAUUAAAAGAAGGUUUCGUCAUUUUGAGGAGCUACAUCGGCGGUUAAAACAUUAUCCUGAGUAUAAUCUUAGUUUGCCUCCCAAACAUUUUUUGUCUUCAGGUUUGGAGAUGACUGUGGUGCAAGAAAGGUGUUCAUUGCUCGAUAAGUAUUUAAAGAAACUAUUACAACUUCCAACUGUAUCUGGAUCAAUAGAUGUUUGGGAUUUCCUUAGUGUUGACUCACAGACGUACCUAUUCUCAGAUUAUCUUUCUGUUGUCCAAACAUUAUCUGUUGUCCAAGAUGAUAAACAACAUGAGAAGAGUGCGAAGGGUCAGCAUGUAAUUAAGCCUGUAGAUGAUCUCUUAUCCUCCAGAGCUCAGAACCAGGGCACGAAUAGUAAGGAAAACGUGUUGCGGAAGAAGCAGAAUCUGAUAUCUGAUAAUUCGAGCCUGAAAGUGAAUAACGUAACACACUCCACUGUAACAGCCUCUGGUAAAGGUGGAAAUAUUUUGGAGGAGUCAGGGACUGAUUCAGAUGGUAAAUUUAUUACAAAAAGGGCAAAACCAUUAAAAGAUAGUGGAAGUGAUGGCUCAACUGAUACGGCUAAGUUGCUUCUUGAUGCUGUUACAGAUCCAACUCUACCCUUGGAGUGGAUGCCUCCAAAUCUAAGUGCCCCAAUAUUGGAUUUGGUGGAUACUAUUUUCCAGCUUCAGGAUGGUGGAUGGAUCAGGCGACAGGCGUUCUGGGUGGUGAAACAAGUAUUGCAGCUAGGGAUGGGUGAUGCCUUUGAUGACUGGCUAAUUGAGAAAAUUCAGCUUUUACGAAGAGGUUCAGUAAUCGCUUCUGCAGUCCAGCGGCUUGAGCAGAUUCUUUGGCCUGAUGGGAUUUUCUUAACCAAACACCCAAAGCGUCAACGACCACCUCAAUCUGUGAGUCAGCCGCAAAGUCCACAAUCUGCGGGACAAUCUCCAAAGAUGUCUUCCUCUAGACCCGGGGAUGAACAAAAACUACCUGAGAACAACAAUUUGUUGACAGAUGAACAGCAACAAGAAGAAGCUGUUCGACGUGCAAAGUUUGUUUAUGAGCUAAUGAUAGAUAAAGCACCAGCAACUGUAGUAAGUCUUUUUGGCCGCAAGGAGUACGAAAAUUGUGUGAAGGAUCUAUAUUUCUUUUCUCAGUCUUCUGUUUGUUUAAAGCAGUUAGUUUACGACCUUCUUGAGAUGCUUCUGGUAUCAGCAUUUCCAGAGCUUGAUGAUGUGAUCAAGCAGUUGCAUGAAGAAAAACACAAGUUUGGACAAUUUGAUGCCUCGAAGUAGAGAUAAUGUGCAUGUUUUUGUUUUCACACCAAGGAUUUACAAUUAGCAAGGUGGAGAUAUUAAACCGUGAUAUCUCCCCAGGUACACAGAUUUUGCCGAGAAAUAUAGUCUUUUUCUUUUCUUUUUCUGCUGUUUGCAGUAUCCAUAUUCCACAAUGAUAUAAUGGUUUGAUUUGAUUGGUAUCUAACCAUAUAGGGAGGGUACAGUCUCUGAUAUGAGAAUCGGUAAUUCCCUUUUUGAUGUAUAGGGUGUUGGGGAAUUUAUUUUGAGGAAAAUACGUAGAAUUUUAGAUUCAAUGAGUUUGUAUUCAGUUUACGUCUUCCAUUUAUUUUUUUUUUAUUUUUUUUUUUGGAUUCUGGUAUAUUUACAUCUACACGUCUGGUUCGAUAAUGCUUGUAUAAAAUGGGAAGGAGAGCACUUGAAGCUCUGUUCUCUUUUCUUUUA